AUGAAACUGACUCCCCCGAGCUGGCUCCAUAGCAACUGUCUCAGGACUGGACUAGGAGACCAGGGCUCUAGUCCUGCUCUGCUGACUGCCUCCCCUUUCCCUCCCAGAAACAACAACAUCUGCUAUAAAGCGAAACAAAAUAAGAAAGAGCUCCAGGAGGCUGGGUGCCCCAAGGAGAGGCUGGAGUCCAAGAAAUUAGAGUCCACAGAAGAGCCUAAGGAGAUGAAGCCCAAGAAAUCAAAGCUCAAGGUGGGGUCAGGUGUAAGGGACAAAGCAAAGCGGUCACCUGAAGCAGUGUCCCAGAAAGAAGAGCAGGUGAAGCUGGAGGUUCCAAGGACAUCAAGGGGUCAUGGCCUGACCAUUUUCCCUGGGGCCCAGGGGAGCCAAGUGACCACUGGAGAGCCCCAGGUAGUCUUCCUGAAGACCUACCACCUCAAAGCUUCCACGGGUGACGUGAAGCAGCGGGAUGGAGCUGACCAGUGGAUCUGGUUUGAGGGGCUGCCCAGACGCAUCCACCUCCCAGGGCCCCGGGUGAUGUGCAGGUCCUCCACCCUGCGCUUGGUCAAGCGCUGCUGCACCCGCUACUGUUCUGCAACGCUGGAGCUGCCUAUGUGCCAUCCAUACAGGGCAUGA